AUGGAGAGAGAAGCUGCAUCUUUGAAGCGGCAAUAUUGCUGCACAACUGUCAUGAACGUUAUCUCGUCUUUAUUCUCUGUGGCGUCCCUUGCCUUUUGUAUAUUUUUAAGUCUGCAAACAUCAGAGAUCAAUGACAGGGUCCUGGAUUUGGAAACUGGACAUGGCGAGCACGUCUUUCACCGGGUGUCCGGCUUUUCGGUGGAUCAGUUUAAUUCAUUGAUUCAAGAGAGAGUGAAUGAGCUCCUGUCACAGGUAAGCAUCCACGAGCACUUGACUGCACGCUUGUAUGUAUAUAUAUUUAACAAUAUGAGUGUAUUCCCUUAUCAGUUUUAAUAAUGUUGAAUGAAAAGCGAGUAAGCGUUUGCUUUUCAAGUUUAUUUAAGUUAACGUUCGUUUUGAAUUUACAGCGCUCCUAUGAACAUUUCGCCAAGAUACGGAUUGCCCGACAAGUUAGCCCUAGUCCUGAUUGCAACUGUCCCCCA